AUGGGUCUCCUCUUCUACGCAAUAAAAGUUCCCAAAGUCAUCACCGUAGCCUUCUUCCUCAACCUAAUUUCCUACGCCCGCCAUCUCCUCAUCGCCGCCCUCACACAUCUCGGCCUCUACAAGCGCCCGCCGGCGGAGGAAUCGCCCGAAUCCGGCUCCUCCACCAACAAUUACAUCCUGCUUCUGGACAGCUCGUCCCCCUCGCUGGUCCCGAUCCCGGUCCACGUGGUGACCGCCGCAAUCAAGAAGCUGGUCCCCGUAAUCGAGUACGAGGACAAAUUGGGAGAGAAGGGGUGUAGUAUAUGCUUGGAGUGUAUAGAAGGGCGGGAUGAGGUGAGGGAGCUUUGCAAUUGUACGCAUUUGUUCCAUAGGGAUUGUUUGGACACGUGGAUUGAUGAGGGUCAGGUGACUUGUCCUCUGUGUAGAUCCAUGUUGCUGCCUCCUAGAGUUAAUCUUCUCAGAUCUAAUCAAAUUCCUAAUUCCUAG